AUGCGCUUGCACCGCGCCAAGAAGAAGCCUUACAACUUGGUGGAGCUCACUACGCGCCAAGGGCUCUCUACCGUGUCCAAGUCUCACCGCGUGGCAGUACCUUCGUUGGCGUCUGAAGGCGAAGCUUGCGAGGCGGAGCGCGCAGACCAGCUCAGGGUGGGCAACACGGUCUUGGUGGGUGGCAAGCAGCAGAAGUUGACCAAGGUCACCAGCCGACAGGAGCGCACGCACUUGUACGAGGUGAGGUUGGAGCCAGACGGCCCGCUGGAGAUGCUCCAGCUCCCGAGCUUUGGCUUGGUGACCUUUGGCAGUGUCGCUUCCGACCAGCCUGACGCGGAGCUGGGCCGCGGCGAAGCUGAGGCCUAG